AUGAAAAGAACAGUUAUAAUUUAUGUGUAUUUUAGUUUCUUAAUUUGGAACUCAGUGCAAAGUAAAGACUCAUGUAAAAAGACAUCGUCAUGUUCAUGUAAAUUUUCAAAUGGAGCAGCUAUUAAUCUUAUCCAGCUUUCAAAUACUGACCAAACACCGAGAUUUGAAGACCAACCAGAUCCAGAUUCAAAUGCUGAUAUGUAUUCUUGGAAUCCCUGCCAACCUUUCAAUGAAGGGGACUGUCAGAGCGUGGCUGUUUGUAAUGUGCAUAAUAAUAUACCUAAUGCGUCAUAUUUUCCACUUGGCGAUCAGGAUUCAGCUGUGUUCAGCACUUCAGGAAAAGUAACUAAAUUAACAUAUAUUUACACAGGAACGGGUGGUGCUCAAAGAUCAGCUGAAAUCACAUUGACUUGUGAUAAAAAUCAAGAAGGUUUUCUUGAUGUUAAGGGAGAAAUUCCACUAGGAAGCGGUGAAUAUUUUUUUGAGUUGCAGACUAAAUAUGCAUGUGUUGACUUAGGUGGAAUAUCAAUAGGAACAAUAAUUCUCAUAGUAUUUUUAUGUUUUAUUGUUACAUACCUGAUAUUAGGAAUGACAAUUCAAACUUUUGUAAGGAAAGCAUCAGGAAAACAAAGAAUACCAAAUUAUUCAUUGUGGUCAGCAGUUCCAGGAUUAGUUAAGGAUGGUACAGUGUUUGUUGUCACACGCGGGAAAAGAACGUCAUACUCGAACAUUUAACGUAGCCAACAUCAUGAUAUGCAAACUUUUACAUAAGUCAUUGUGUCUUUUUUACCUGAAUACUAAACAGCUUUUAAAGCUUUACAUUUUAAUUGUUGAUACCAAGUUUCAAAGAGUUGUCAUAUACAAGAAUUCAAUAAUAAGGUCCGUGGUAGUCCGUCUUAUGUUCUUUCUUCUGCAUGUGAAAGGUGUUGUGAUUGAGUAUCUUGUUGAGAUCCCCUUUGCUGCAAUCUUUGUCAUUUAUGUCUGGAAUUUUUAACUUCAAUAAAAAGACUUUUUUUCU